GUGCGUGUGUGUGUGUGUGUGUGUCUUUCUGUCACUUUUGGCGUCGCUUUCAGUACCUCUCCGGUUAACUUUGGUCUGAGAUCGGGGAAGGGGAGGGGAAGCAGAAGUAGGUGGGUUUGGUGAGGAGAUUCCCCUCGUCACGGUCCGAGAGAGGAGAGGCGGCGGGAAGCUGUGCUGUGUCGGCGCGUUACAUGAUCAAACAAAACUAAUUGGAUGCUCGUUUACCAGGUGGUUUUCAUCCUUUUACCCGUGUGGAUUACCAUGGCACAGAACCAGCCAGACGGACUAGAAGAAAAGGACAGAACUUCCACUGCAUUAAAAGAUUUGCUUUCUAGAAUUGACUUAGAAGAACUAAUGAAGAAAGAUGAACCUCCUCUUAAAUUUCCUAAAACACUUGAAGAGUUUGAAUAUUCUUUUAAUGAAAAGGGACAGUUAAGACAUACGAAAACUGGGGAACCUUAUGUAUUCAACUACCAUGAAGAUAUGCACAGAUGGAACCAGAAACGUUAUGAAGCCCUUGGAGAAAUUAUCACUCACUGCGUUUAUGACCUUUUAGAAAAAGAAUGCCAUUUAAAGAAGGUUUAUCUCCCAGUGGAUGCGGCAGAAGAUGAACCAAAAAGCUUCAUCUUUGUGAGUGAAGAUGCCACAACAAACCCUGACAGGUUGAUGGUUCUGAUUCAUGGUAGUGGAGUUGUCCGGGUUGGUCAGUGGGCCAGAAGGCUGAUAAUCAAUGAAGACCUUGACAGUGGCACUCAAAUACCUUUCAUUAAAAGAGCUAUGGACGAAGGAUAUGGAGUAAUAGUUCUAAACACCAAUGAAAACUACGUAGAAGUGGAGAAGCCACAAAAACAUGUGCAGUCACCUGCAAAUGACAUAGAUGAGCCAGCAGAAAAGAAAGAGAAGAAGGAUGACAGUCAGAAGGAGACAAAGAAACAGCGAGAUAGUUAUGAGAAGUACCGGAAUCCUCAAAAGGAAAAGGAAACAAAGCAGAUCCCUAUCAGGGAUAAUAGUACACCAGAAGAACAUGCACUCUAUGUCUGGGAUCACUUCAUUUCUAGAUCUUCUGCCAAGAAUGUGGUAUUUGUUGCCCACAGUUACGGUGGCCUGGUGUUUUUGGAAUUAAUGAUUCAGCGGGAAGCAGAAGUGAAAAACAAAGUGGUUUCGGUGGCAUUGACAGAUUCUGUCCAUAAUGUAUGGCACCAAGAAGCUGGGAAAUCUGUCCUGGAUUGGAUGCAGGAGCAUUGCCGUAACUGGGUGUCGAGCUCUGAACCAUUGGACACGCCAGUGGAGUUUAUGUUGCCGGACUGCCCACGAGUCUCUGCAGGUUCACUAACAUGCUGUUCAAGAAAGCUAUCACAGAUGCAUUCUGUGAAGUCCUCCUCAAGACUGCCUCGACCAACUUCUGAGAGUGGUACAGAACGGCAUGAGCUAACUUCCUGGAAGAGUUUUAAUUCUAUUUUCAAGUAUUUUACUCACGCUUUAGAGGCACAGAACGCUGAAACAAAAUCUAAGCCAACGGUGAUAACAAGAAGCUCCAACCGAAAGAAAAGUGAAGAAUUAUGAAGCAAAAUACUAUUUUCCUGCAUUUGUUUUUGCUCUGGCAGCCCCUCAAUCCCUCAUUAGAUUGUUUUCUUUUUGGAGCAAAGGGUCAUGGUGUAUACAUCUAAAUAGCAUUUUGCAUUAUUUCUAGAUGAGUGCAACUGUCAAAGCAAUAUGGGUUUGCCGGUUGUGUUUCCUGUGGUCCCGAGCUCAGAUUUGGUGCCACCGAUCGGUGCGCAGAUUAAGAGUGACAGCAGUUCUGCACAGUGCAGCACAGAGCGGCUCUAAUUGCCCUGACACAGCCCUGCACUGAGCUAAUGCCAUGGGGCUAUUGGCUUCCCCCACGUCCUAAUGCCUGCCAACUAUUCUUCAUUAAAGAGACAGCUUCUCUUUUGUCGGCCUAUGUACAGCAGCCUUUAAAAUAGCCAGAAAUCACAGCUACUCAACAUUUUCCUUUCACGUACUCAGGCCUUGUCAUAAUUUUCAAGGGAUUUCAAAUGCAUUUAAGUCGCUAAAGAUGACAGUUGUUUUUGGUGAUGCCAGCUGUCACUUUUUGCCUCUGCUUAAAAGUAACUUGAUAUUACUGAAGCUGUGUGUUUGUUUUUCAAAAUAAAUCAGAAGUACUUCUUAAAGCUCAAGGAUGUUUAAGGAUAUGUUGGGUAAAUUGGAAUCACUGUGAAUUUUUGUCAGUUGGCCAACAUAAACUGAAGCUAUUUUUCUCAUAAAAAACACAGUAAUUAGAUCAAAUCUAAAUCCAGAGGUCUGUACCCAACAUAUGAUCUGAUUAAUAUCUACUGAUACAUUAUGUUGCACCUUUUAAGUGACUAGCUGAAUUUUUAAAACUAGAUUGAAGACUGGACAGUACAAACAAGGGAGCCACGAUAGCAUAUUUUCUCAAAAUAUUCAAAGAACAUGAUAUGUUUGAAAGACCACUUCAAAUGUUUUUGCUCUAUGCUUGUUAUAAUGUUUACACUUUCUUGCUUUUAACCAUUUGCUGUGUACUUCCUUUUAAAAAUUAACUUUUAAACCUUUUACUGCAAAAAAUAUAUUGAUACUU